UUAUCCGCCAGAGAGCGCUUUCGCACGAACCAGACGAUUUAAGUAGGGGAACCUGAAAGUGGGAAAAUCGGAGAAAGAGCUAAAUUCUCCAUAUUAACACUGAAGAAGAAGAGAGCGCUUUUACUGCUUAAUGCGAGUUUGUAUUUUGAAAUUGUAUUAAAUAUUUUUGAUAGUAUAAAAUGUCUGAAAGAAAGGUUCUUAAUAAAUAUUAUCCUCCAGAUUUUGACCCAGCCAAAAUCCCAAGAUUGAGACUUCCUAAGGACAGACAGUAUACAGUUAGAUUAAUGGCACCCUGUAAUAUGAGAUGUACAACUUGUGGGGAAUAUAUAUACAAAGGAAAAAAAUUUAAUGCUCGUAAAGAAACAGUACAGAAUGAAGAGUAUCUUGGAAUUAAAAUAUUUCGUUUUUAUAUCAAAUGUCCACGAUGCUUGGCAGAGAUAACCUUUAAGACUGAUCCACAAAAUGCAGAUUAUGUUGUGGAAAAUGGUGCCACAAGAAAUUUUCAGGCUUUGAAACUUGCCGAAGAACAAGCAGAAAGAGAGGCAAAAGAAAUAGAAGAGGAAGAAAAAAGCAACCCUAUGAAAUUAUUAGAAAAUCGAACAAAAGCAUCAAAACGUGAAAUGGAACUGUUAGAAUCGCUAGAAGAAUUGAGAGAUUUGAAUCAAAGACAUGCACAAGUAGAUUUUGAUAAUAUGCUAAGGCAGUAUGCUGUUUAUGAGGAAAAUUUAAGAGUAAAACAAGAGGAAGAGGAUGAAGCUUUUAUUAGGGAAGUUUUUGGAAAAUCUGAUGAAAAAUCAUUAAAACGUACAUCUGAGGAAAUUGUAGAAGAAAUAAUAGAUGACAAAAAGGAUAGUAAACCAAUAAUUAAACAAGCAAAAAAGAAUAAUCCUACUGAUAUUUUAUCUGAAGUAAGUUUUUUUUUUAUUUGAAAUUAUAUUAUGCAU